GAAUGGACUUACCACAGAAACAUACCUCUUUCCUUGAAAACCGAGACAGUGAGAGAGAAAGUGAGAGGACUGGUUUCCCUCAGUGUGUGCUGCAGUAUUCGAGUGCAUAUCGCUUUAAAAACAACCUCCAGUCGGGUAGACUAAGAGACCGGCUGCAUUUCCUAAGUGGGAAUGUUUGUGUUUGUGACGCUGAGAGCAACGGACAGAGGGUGCUUUGCUUCAGUGGGAAGAAAAGGGACAGGAAGAGAGGAGGACCAGGAGAGAAGGAGUCAGCAGGGAACACUAGCUGUGUGGGACUGGGGCAGAAGGACUAGCAGGGUUUGACCUUGAGGAGGCAUCACUCCAGUGAAUCCCAGAGAAGCAAGUGGCCCUAGAGGGACAAGAGAGGAGACAGACACGGGGGUUAACCUGUCUCUCUCAGGCUUACCUCUAGAAAUGACUCAUGUAUUAUCUACUGGAUCCAAGUGGCAUCAAGAGGACAAUAAAGGCUAAUCAUACCAUCUCAUUGCCACUAAUGUGUUACCUGUGGAUGUCCCUUUGAUAUAAACUCAUAUUGCUGUGUAUUCGUCUGGUGGCAAAGUAGUUAGUUAGGGAUGGAGGCUGUCUUGUUGGGCCUAGAUGAGGUGGUCUGUACUCGACAGGGCUUGCUAUGGACUCUCACCUCCACAGCCAUCCGGCGGAUUCGCGUGCAUGCCAGGAACCUUCCUGGGCCUCUGCAUCUAUUGCACACACACAGGUGUGUUUCAAGGCCGCUUUAUCAGAUGACAGAGGGCCGGCGAUGUCAGGUCCAUCUGCUGGACGACAGGAAGCUGGAGCUCCUCGUUCAGCCCAAGCUGAUGGCUAAGGACCUGCUGGACCUUGUGGCCUCUCACUUCAACCUAAAGGAGAAGGAGUACUUUGGAAUUGCAUACACAGAUGAAACGGGCCAUUUUAGUUGGCUGCAGCUGGACCGCAGGGUAUUAGAACAUGAAUUCCCCAAGAAGUCUGGUCCCAUUGUCCUCUACUUCUGUGUCAGGUUCUACAUAGAGAGUAUAUCCUACCUGAAGGAUAACGCCACCAUUGAACUGUUCUUUCUUAAUGCAAAGUCCAUCAUAUACAAGGAGCUAAUUGAAGUAGACAGUGACGUUGUCUUCGAAUUGGCUUCCUACAUUCUCCAAGAGGCUAAAGGUGAUUUCACUAGUAACGAUGCAACUAGGUCUGACCUGAAAAAGCUGCCUGCUCUACCCACCCAGGCCCUAAAGGAGCACCCGUCACUGGCUUACUGUGAAGAUCGGGUCAUAGAGCAUUACAAGAAGCUCAGCGGGCAGAGUAGAGGGCAGGCAAUCGUAAAUUAUAUGAGCAUUGUAGAGUCUCUACCCACAUAUGGAGUGCAUUACUAUUCUGUAAAGGACAAGCAGGGGAUCCCAUGGUGGUUGGGUCUGAGCUAUAAAGGCAUCUUUCAGUAUGAUUACCAGGACAAAGUUAAGCCCAGGAAGGUGUUCCAAUGGCGUCAAUUGGAGAACCUCUACUUCAGAGAGAAGAAGUUUUCGGUGGAAGUUCAUGACCCCAGGAGUAGGGCGUCGGUAACGAGAAGGACGUUCGGUCACAGCGGCAUUGCUGUGCAUACCUGGUACGCCUGUCCUGCCCUCAUCAAGUCCAUCUGGGCCAUGGCCAUCAGCCAGCACCAGUUCUACCUGGACCGCAAACAGAGCAAGUCAAAGAUCCAUGCAGCGAGGAGUUUGAGCGAGAUUGCCAUAGACCUGACAGAAACAGGAACACUGAAGACAUCCAAACUGGCCAACAUGGGCAGCAAGGGCAAGAUCAUCAGUGGCAGCAGUGGCAGCCUGCUCUCCUCAGGCUCUCAGGAAUCGGACAGCUCCCAGACGGCUAAGAAGGACAUGCUGGCAGCGCUGAGGGCCAGACAGGAAGCUCUGGAGGAAACGCUAAAGCAGAGACUAGAGGAACUCAAGAGCAUCUGCAUACGGGAGGCGGAGUUGACUGGAAAGCUUCCAAAGGAAUAUCCACUGGAUCCGGGAGAGGAGCCGCCAACUGUGAGACGGAAGAUCGGUACCGCCUUCAAACUGGAUGAGCAGAAAAUUCUACCUAAGGGAGAGGAAGAAGAACUUGAGCGUUUGGAGCGGGAGUUUGCCAUUCAGUCACAGAUUACCGAGGCAGCCAGGCGUCUCGCCAGCGAUCCUCACGUAAGCAGUAAAAAGCUGAAGAAACAGAGGAAGACUUCUUAUCUGAAUGCACUGAAGAAGCUCCAGGAAAUUGAGAACUCCAUCAAUGAGUACCGGGUCCGCUCUGGCAAGAAGCCUACGCAGAGAGCGUCGCUUAUCAUAGAAGAAGCCAAUAUUGGCUCUGAAGACAGCUCAUUGUCUGAUGCACUGGUCUUGGAUGAUGAUGAUCCUCAAGUUACAGGUACCCCCACCUUCUCUCCAGUAGCUUCACCUCAUAAGGGGCUCCCUCCAAGACCACCAUCUCACAGUCGCCCCCCUCCACCGCAGUCCCUGGAUGGCCUGCGACACCUGCACUACACACGCUCUGACUAUGACAAAUCCCCUAUCAAACCCAAGAUGUGGAGCGAAUCAUCACUGGAUGAGCCCUAUGAGAAAGUCAAGAAACGCUCAUCUCACUCGAGUCACAGGCGUUUCCCGAGUUCGGGCAGUGCAGAAGCAGGGGGUAGUAAUUCUCUGCAGAGCAGCCCCAUUAGGAACCUUCCUCACUGGAAUUCUCAGUCCAGCAUGCCAUCAACUCCGGACCUGAGGACCAGGACCCCGCACUAUGUACAUUCCACCAGGUCAGUGGACAUCAGUCCCACCCGUCUGCACAGUCUUUCUCAGCACUUUAGGAACCGCAGCUCCAGCCUUGAGUCCCAGGGCAAACUGCUGGCAUCCGAUUCCGACGCACAUCCGCACACCCUGGGCAGCCCUGACUUCUUCCUCGGCCCAGGACGCAGCUCCAAUGGCUCCGACCCACUGGAUGACUGUUCAUCCUGCACCAGCCAAAGCAGCUCGGAGCAUUAUUACCCGUCUGGAGGACCCCCUGGCAGUAACCCAAAUUACUCUACUCUGGGAGAAGAUUCACCCUCCAAAGCCAGGCAGAGGCAGAGGCAAAGACACAGGUCUGCAGGUCACCUGGGUUCCUCUAACUCUGGCUCAAUGCCAAAUCUGGCAGCUAAGAACGGUUCUGGUGGAGGAUUAGGUGGUAGUGGAGUGGGAGGGGGACACCAUGGCGUCUACCUCCAUAGCCAGAGCCAGCCCUCUUCCCAGUACCGCAUCAAAGAGUACCCUCUAUAUGUAGAGGGCAGCCCCAACCCCGUGGUGGUGCGCAGCCUGGAGAGUGAUCAGGAGGGACACUACAGCGUGAAGGCUCAGUUCAAGACCUCCAGUUCCUACACGGCUGGGGGACUGUACAAAGAGGCUUGGGGGGGAGAGGAGGGAGGAGAGGGAAGCGGCCGACUUACGCCGUCACGCUCUCAGAUCGUAAGGACUCCAUCAUUGGGGAGAGAGGGUGGUGGAGGCGGAGGAGGUGGGAGGGCGGCCGUUUCUGAAGAACUGCGGUGCUGGUACCAGAGGUCUUCAGGGAGCCUAAAGGAGAGGAGUCACUCACAUUCGGGAUCCACAUCCUCUGAGACUGGGUCACAGCAAGGAACUCUGGGACAUGGUCGAGGAAGUAGAGUAGGAACACUCGCCAAAGGCUCACCAGCUGCUUCCCCUCACAGCCAGAGGAGUAUGACCCCGUCAAGUGAACACGCAGCUACACCCACACCUCCCUGCAGCCCACAACACAUCCUUAACUGGCAGAGCGGCGGGACAGCAGACUGCUCUCCUACUGAGGACGUCUGUCAGUCUCCCCCUCAGCCCAGCUCUGAUGCAUAGAGGACUUUGAGUGACAGCUGUUUUCUCAGCAGCCCUCUGUGUUCAGAGCUGGCAGAUGUCCAGUGGUACGGACAAGACAAGGCCAAACCUGGAACGCUGGUCUGAGACCUUCCUGUGGGGCCUAGAAGAGUCCCAUUGCCCUCUCCUACUGCCUCUCCAUUGUCCCCCACAAUUAUCCAUCAACAACCGACAACCUCAUCCUCAAAGCCCUGCAGAAACCCUGCCCUGAGCAGACUUGACGGGCUGGACGUGAGCCUCCCUCCUCCUAACAUCUCACCACCUCUUUAUUAUGACCUGUCUAUUGCAGUUCAGCAGGACAGGGACUACUCGCUGGGCUCUUUAAGGGCAGAUUUCACAGGACGGACUGAGAAAUGCCACCUCAGCUGUUGAACUGUCACCCUACAGCACCACAGAGCCCUUUCUUUACUCACCUACUGCAGCACACAAAUAACAGGGCAACGGGAAGCGAGCGAUGGGAAGAGAGAGCACAGCAAAAUGUCCCACAUGCAACUCAAAACUCAGCAGAAACAACACAGGCCAUUCCAGGAUCUCUUUCAUAUUCGUCUUUGGUCCCCAGACUUAUUCCAGUGCACUGCCUCCCAGUCAGAGGAUACCUGCUGGAUUUGAGCCACCAGUUUAAAACCCAUUUCCAGGCCCAAACGAACUGUGUUGCAUUUCAUUCCCAUUAACACUUGUUUGUCUUUCUUUUUCUUUAUUUCUUCCAGCGUAUUUAUAAAAAGAAAAGAUGACUGAAACGUUCAGGAGUUCUCUCUUUUACCCACAACCACAGACAGUUUCUGAAUCGACCAGUCACACCAGAGUUCUUGGGCAGGCACAAAGAAAAAAAGUGAAAACUGCAUUCAAAGUGACAAUAUCAGCAUGGUUUCUGAGAGACUGUCUGGAUAUUAAUAAGGACUAUAGCAAUAACAACCCUAGUAGAAGUCUUUGGACUGGUUUGAAUCGGCGGAGUGAAUUCAAGGAUCAUGAUAGGGGGAAUUUGGAUUUGUGGUUGUUUGGCGUUACUCUUUUGCCUUCUUCACUGACUUCAUCCUUCGUGUUUAUUUUAAUAUCUGUGAUCUUCAGAGGAUUUCUCUGUCCGCAGCAGCAUGUUUGAUCACAUGGUGUAUGAGCCAGGGAGUAGAGGAGGCUUGGAAGAAAAGGUCAUUUAUGGGUGCUGUUCAGUCAUUACAGCACUUUUUUAAAUUUUGUCUGAAGUUUGUUGGUCUGGCCUUUGCGCACUGUUUCAUAUUAAACCCUGAAAGAAAGAAAAAAUGUCUGACAUGUCUUGGCAUUACUUCUAUUUUAAUAUUGCAUUGGCUCAGUGAGAAUUGUUUAACCUUUGAUCUUGGCUCUACACCAGCUCUCACCAUGUUGAGUAUCCCUUUAUGGCACUGUGUUUACUCAUCUUACUUUAUCUGUUCCAAAUAUGUUGGUGCUUUACAUUAAUACUGUAAUUUACUACUGAAAUCAUUACAAACCACACAGCCCCUUUACUUCCCCACAGCAGAAAGCCAUUCUAUGAAAUUACAGUGAGGCACAGCGGACGGAUGACAUCCAACGAGGGUUUAUUUGGUAUUAAGUGAAAUAAAAAUGUAUUUUAACACCAUUAAGUCUGAAAGCACAACAUUAACAGUGUCUUUGAGGGCUGGACCUACAGUAAGUGUAUUCUCAUAUCAGUGUAACCACAAGGUGUUAAAGGGCAAUCCUCUCUGUGUUUCAGGCAUCAGAUAAUUAAAACCCCUGCUGUCAGGGAAGAAACGCUAAAGCCAACACACAAAUACUUUAACCCGCUCAAAUGGAGAGAAUUAUUUUUCUCACACGUCCUAAUCAAUCAAAUAUUCAGAACAGGGUUAGAAAAGCACAUCUAGUUUUGUAAAAAAAAUAAAUAAAUAAAUAACAAUAAAAGGAAUUUUGGUUGUUUUUAGCCAUUUUCCUUCUCUUCCUUUGACAAAUGUUUCCAUUGCAAAUUAAUGCUCACCACUGUUUCCUUAUUCCUCAAAAUCUAAAUUAACCAAGUGUUAUUUUGCUCUAAAACACGUUGUGAAUCUCAGUGAUAGAUCCUAUAGCACCAUUCAGACUGGACAAAAGGUGUAUUGUGCUUCUUGGUAUGAGAGGAACGGUACGUCUUUCAUUUGUAUUUCCUUUAUAGACUGCUGUGAGUUGUUGUAAUUUGCCCCUUUUUACAAUAUUUUACUAAGAAGGUUUCGCCCGACCUCCUGCAUGGCUAGUUCUCGGACAGUUGUUCCUGCCAAGUUUGGCCAAAUUGAAUAAGUCUUUAAGCAGAGUUGGAACCAGUGAUCACUGGUUACCCCCUAAUAUGACUUCUUUACUCGAGUGUAUUUGAGUUUGAUCUUGCUUUUCCCUCCGAAACAUUUCUGUGCUAGACAAAAAAUCCCACGCAUGCCGUGAAGAUCCUCUGAGAAAGGAAGACCCCAAAGACAGCGCCCAGCUCCUUCGUGUUACCAUUAGCACGUUUUACUCCAUGGUGUCAUCCCGCACCAAAAAAAAGUACCAUUUUGACCUUGUUGUAAUCUCUGACCUCUGAGCUCAUUGUGAAGACGUGUGACAUCCCUUCCCUUCAUAUUUCCAAACAACAUAUUUCCUGUGCUCCAUACUAAUGUAUGAGGUUUUUGUAAUACUCCCAAGAGAAGAAAUGAACUAACUAUUUUAUCAAGUCUUUUCCUGUAUGUACUGAUGGGGCACUGUUAGAUUUUGUGGGGUUUUUAACAUUCACAUCCUUUGUUUUAACAAUGUUCCACUUUAAAUGAACCAGUAUUGUUUUGUUUUUUUUUAAGUUUCGGACAUUGUAACGACCCUUUCAGGUGCUACAAAAUGACCACUUACUGCUUUGUCACGUAGGAUCUAGACAUCUCUUCAUUGUUAUCAAUAGAUUCAAUACCAGAUGUGCAAAAUGAAGCUUAUUUUAACAAACAAUUUAAUAGUAGAAGCACUUCCUCUACCAGACAAUAGAGCAUGUAACUCAAUUUUAUCAGUUCUCUUCAGCUGAAACAGAACAUUAAAGGUGUUGUAGGAAAACAAAUGUGGAAUUGAUUAAAAAAAAAACCUUAAUUCCACACUUAAUUUAUUCUUUUUUCUAUUAAGAAUUUGUAUAGUAACUUUGCAUUUUUCAAAACUGUGUUGUUCAAAAUUGAUGAUGAAAUUUUCAAGACGAGAAGCUGUGGUGGUUCUUGAGAGUAAGAAAAUAAAUUAUUGAUGAAUGUUCUCAAGA